GGCCUGCCAACGCCAAACGGUACAAAACUGCGCACACUCGCGGGCAAAAAGGCAAUAAACAAACAAAACAAAACAACCGAUCGUUUCUGAACCCCAGCCAGCUCCGAAACAACGUUUUCAGGAGCGGAUACCGAAAAUACGAGGUAGGGUUACUUCGGCCAAGGCGCCGCGAGCAAGCAGCGUACGCAGUCCCUUGCAAAGGUUCGGUCAAUACCGAAUUUUUUCGGCCUCGAUCAAGAUGCCUUUCCGGCGAAGUUUGGCGCCAAGUUUGUUCGGCCGGCAUCGGGACAAGGUCGACUGGUGGGACGCGUGGGAGUACCCUCCCAGAAUCUUCGACCAGAAGUUCGGUGUGGACCUUCGGGACGAAGACCUCUUCGAUCGAGAACCCUUUUUCAGGAGACGGCUCGGAGCAGUUUCCCCACGCCGGACCCAGCAAACGACGGCCAUUGGCGACGGAUGCUCUCGUUCGACGGGUGUCUCGGAGGUCGUUAACGACGACUCCAAGUUCGAAGUUCGGCUCGACGUCAGUCACUUCAAGCCGAGCGAGAUCACGGUCAAGCUGGUGGGCACUGACGCCGUUGUCGUGCACGGCCGACACGAUGAACGUCAGGACGAGCAUGGCUUCGUGAGCCGGGAGUUCACGCGGCGCUACAUGCUGCCGCCGGAUGUGAACAUCGACGACGUCGUCUCCGAGUUCGUGGCCGAAGCCGACGGCGUGCUCGUCGUCCGCGCCGCCAAGAAGUCGCCCGAGCCCGCUGCCGUCCAGGAGCGCGUCGUUCCCAUCGCCGUUCUGUCCACGACCAGCAAAAACGAAUAGGAAAAAUAUUUGUGUUUGGCUUAAGCACGACGCAAAGGCUAAGCCUUAUCCCCUACCCGAUUUCAACGGAAGAAGGCCCCGUUGUUUACAAUUUCGCCGGAAUCUCCGUCGAAAUUUUGAUGGUUGUUGACUUGCCUCAGAAUUGUUUGAACAUAUCAAUAGGCACAGCUGAACUAUAGUCCGUUGCAACCUAAGAACGAAGGGCGAGGAGGAAGCAGACGGAACGCAGGAGAAGAGAGGGAGAACCUCCUCCUCUCUUUAGCAUUCCGUCUGCUUGCUCCUCUUCGGCCCGUCUUACCCUCGCCCUUCGUUCUUAGGUUGCAACGAACUAUAGUACGCCGAACCGACUUGUUUCAAAAGGCCAUUGAGCAACACUGGCGGUCGCCAGUUCUUAACAAAGUUAUGGAAUUUUCACACUUAAUCCUCACUGCUCUCUUUUUAAUUUUUUAAAAAAGGAAAAGUUUUACUGGCAACACCGAAAGCGUGAUGACAGAUGUUUUAAUUCGAAAAGUGCAACCCAUUCCCGAUGGGUUACAAGAAAUCGGUUGGAGUGAAAUGAAUGCUGGGGAAGUUUGCUCCAGUAAAACGAAAAAAUAAAUGAGAAACAUAUACUACCAGUGGCAGAUUAAAA